AUGGCGGAGCGACUUGAAAGACUACACAGAAAACGGAGAGCUGUGCGCGGUUCCACGACGAGACUUUUGCAAGACAUAGAAACGGAGGUUAGCAAGGAAGAUCCAGUCGUUGACAGAUUAUGUGAACUGUUAGCCAUGUUAUCUGCAAAAGAGGAAACGCUGCUGGAGUUAGAUCACGAAAUAGAGGAGCAUACAGAUGUGGAGGAUCUUGAAAAUGAAGUUGUCGACGCUGAGGAGUAUGGCCAGCGAGUCAUCAGCGGCGAAAGCCCGCGUGCGGCGCGUGAUGCAGAGACACCAGCAACAUCCAGGCGCAACACAGUGAAGGUAACUCUGCAAAGCAUCUGGAACAAAGAUCAGAAAGUGGAAGUGGAAGCUCUCGAAACUCCACAAGUGUGCACUGCUGUGAUGAAGAUUCCAGGUGAGCACAUCCAAGCAGAAAUGAAACGAAAAGGCUUGCAGCUGGCAGACUAUCAAGACCCAGGCACUUGUGAUACAGAGUUGUCUCUCCUGAUUGGUGCAGAUUAUUAUUGGCAUGUGGUGUCAGGCCAAGUGGAAAGAAUCACAGAUGCACUGGUGGCCGUUGAGAGUAUUUUUGGAUGGUCAGUGCAGGGACCAGUCACAAUGUCCAGUGUUUCCGACGCAGCAUGCAUGCACAUCCAUAUCGAUGAAGACACACUGGUUUCAGAACGCUUGAAGGCCUUCUGGGAGACCGAAUCCCUUGGCAUUACCAUGCAGCAGUCCAACAGCCCUGAAGAAGAGGAUGCUCUUCGCAUGUUUGAAAAAACUACUCAGUAUAAGAACGGGCGAUAUGAAGUUGAGCUGCCAUGGCGACCUGACAAACCAGAGCUCCCAGAUAACUACAGAAUCGCAAAGAAAAGAUUUGAAGGACUGAAAAGGAGGUUGCGGUCAGAUGUGGUAAUGUAUCACAGAUAUAAUGAAGUGGUGAAUGAUUACCUUCAGCAGGGCAUUGUCGAAGAUGUUGUGGAGAAUGGAUCAUCUUCAAACGCUGUAAAGUAUUACAUGCCUCAUCAUGCUGUUCUUCGAGAGGACAAGGUAACCACAAAGCUCAGAGUAGUAUUUGAUGCUUCAUCACAUGAAGUUGGGGUUCCAUCAUUAAAUGACUGUCUACUUACUGGUCCUAACCUGAAUCCAGAUCUGCUUGGCAUACUGAUCAAAUUCAGACUGAAUGAGAUUGCUUUUACUGCAGACAUUGAAAAGGCUUUCUUGCAGAUUUCUCUUGCUGAGACGGAUAGAGAUGCAGUGAGAUUCCUAUGGUUCACUGCACUGCCUCAUGAAGACGCAGGUGAAAGGCUACGUGUACUGCGGAUGACAAGAGUGGUGUUUGGAGUGUCCCCGAGCCCAUUCCUCCUAGCGGCUACAGUAAGAAGGCAUCUGAAGGAAUAUGAACACCAAUUUCCUGAAGUAGUAAGGAUCAUCAGAGAAUCACUUUAUGUUGACGACUUAAUCUCGAGUGCAAGUGAUGUUGAGAAUGCUUUCCACAUAACUACUGGUGCAAAAGAGAUUAUGUCUGCAGCUGGAAUGAAUCUUUGCAAAUGGACAACCAACUGUGCUGCAUUGAAGGAAAAAUGGAAGGAGACAAUGAGUGAACCUGCUGAGGAGACAGAAACGCAUGGAUCAGUGCUGAAGGUACUAGGCUUGGUAUGGAGAACUCAAACAGAUGAAUUUGUUUUUGACCUGACUGCACUGUUGGACGCUGUAGCGAAGAGAGAGAAUACUAAAAGAAGUGUUCUAAAGCUAUCUGCUCGCAUAUUCGACCCAAUAGGGUUUCUGACUCCAUUUACUGUGCGAGUAAAAUGUCUUUUCCAAGAGCUGUGGAUACGAGGACUUGGCUGGGAUGAGGAGCUGCCCUCGGAUCUUGCACAAGAAUGGCAAGGAUGGUGUGCAGAGCUACCACAGAUCCAUCACAUACACAUUCCUCGUUGGUAUGGAUCAAAAUGCAUGCAUAGACACAACGCACAUCAACUCCAUGUGUUCUGUGACGCAAGCGAGAAAGCUUAUAGCACUGUUGCUUACCUGCUUCGAGUAGCUGAUGAUGGAACAAAAACAACAUGCCUCGUUGCUUCAAAGUCCAGGGUAGCCCCAUUGAAGAAGAUCUCACUGCCCCGUCUUGAGCUGAUGGGAGCAGUAAUUGGAGCGAGACUCGGAAACAGUCUGUUAAAGCCUCUGAAUAUGGAGCUUCAUCAAGUUCAUAUGUGGACGGAUUCGAUGAUUGUGCUGCAGUGGAUUCGCAGUCCAGCUCACAAAUGGAAACAGUUUGUGGCAAACAGAGUGUCAGAAAUUCAGCUUUUAACCAAUCCUGAAAUGUGGUCUCAAUGUAGGAGCAAGUUCAAUCCUGCAGACCUUCCCACCAGAGGUCUGACUGUAGCUAACCUGAAGGAAAGUGAGAUUUGGUGGAACGGACCUUCAUUUCUGACUACACUGAAUCCGUUGGAAGAAAGUGAAGAAGAGACAAGUGACGAAAUUGUGGUUAGUGAGUUAACACAAGAUCAAGUGCAAGUGCAACUCAGCAGCGGUGAAAAACGAGAAAAGGAACCUGUUGUGGACUUAAUGAAGUACAGUAAGCUAAAGCGAGUUCUGCGAGUUACUGCUUGGAUUAAGCGGUUUGUGCAUAAUGCCAGUUCAAGCUCCAAGAUGCGUGAUUUAAGACCUUUUCUGGACGAGGACGAAUUGCUCUGUGUUGGAGGCAGACUCCAACAGUCAGACUUCAGCUACAGAGAGAAACAUCCAUGGAUUUUGCCCAACAAAGACAGAUAUUGUGAGUUGCUGGUCCAGUACAACCAUGAAUUCAUCAUGCAUUCUGGUUUGAGAGACACACUAGUGCAAACAAGAAGUAGAUACUGGAUUUUGAGAGCCAGACAAAUCGUUAAAGGUGUUUUGUCAAAAUGUACUGUGUGUAAGAGAUUCAAAGUCAAGCCCGCACAGCAGGACACGGCUCCAUUGCCAAGGGACAGAGUAUCUGAGAAACCACCAUUUGAAGUGACUGGCAUAGACUUUGCAGGACCGCUGUAUGUGAAGGGUGAUCGUGCAUUAUGCAAGGCUUAUGUUGCUAUGUUUACAUGUGCUGUCACGAGAGCGGUGCAUUUAGAACUGGUUUCAAGUCAGUCGACAGAGAGUUUCUUGUUAGCACUCAAGCGAUUUAUUUCCAGAAGAGGGUUGUGUAAAGUCAUCUAUUCGGACAACGCCAAAACCUUUAAAAGAGCAAACCAAGACCUUAGUGAGCUGUGGAAAGCCAUCAAAGAUCCACAAAUCCUGGAAUACUUCUCAGGAAAAGGAAUAACUUGGCGUUUCAUUGUAGAACGAGCUGCCUGGUGGGGUGGAUUUUGGGAAAGACUUGUAAGGUCUGUGAAAAUGAGCAUGAGGAAGGUGCUAGGAAAGGCAUCACUCACAUUUGAAGAAAUGUCUACGCUUCUUGCAGAAGUAGAAGCCAUACUGAAUUCCAGACCUCUCACUUUUGUUCACAAUGAGCUUGAUGAGCCGCAGCCACUAACGCCAGCACAUUUCUUAGUUGGUGAACGACUCACUUCACUACCUCCAAAACCAUUUCCAGCCGACUAUGAUCAUCCCACUGUGAGUAAGGGUGAUAUGACAAGAAGGUGGAGAUACAGAAACCGACUCAUGACCAACCUGUGGAAUCGUUGGAGGAGGGAUUAUCUACUGGAUCUGAAAUCUGCACAUUCCUGCAACACGCAGAAACCUACUCAGUUGAAAAUGGGUGACGUUGUGCUCAUAGGAGAUGUCAAUAUGCCGAGACAAACCUGGAAAUUGGGAAAGAUUGAAGAGCUGUUUCCAGGCAGAGAUGGCAAAGUUAGAUCCUGUGCUUUGCGUACAUCCACAGGGACUGUGUUGAAGAGACCCGUUCAAUUGCUUUAUGCAUUAGAGAUUUAAGUUGAUGAACAUUUGUUCAUGGGGGGGAGGAUGUUGUGAAUUAAUCAGAAUAGAAAUGUGAAUUUGUUAUCUUUAAUAAUAACAGAAACAGUUUGACAUUAAUGGGGGUGUUCAGCUUUAAGAGAAUUCUACCAAUAAUGCAUCAGUGUAUGUGAGGAAAAAAAAGAGAAAGAGAUUGUUUUCAUGUGCGAGCGCUGUAUCUAAUGAUUCAAGUUCAGAAACUUCAGUAAACAGUUCAGUUUAUUCAAUUCAAGUCGUCAGUGGUCAUUAUUGCUGGUCAAGGAAGAAAAUACA